CAGGUGUAACUCAGUGAAUCUGUUGAUCAAAGAUGAUGCUUUGGACAGCAAUUGCUAUCUCGGUCUUCGGACUGGUGUAUUGUCAGGGCGAGUCUUCAGGAUUGAAUGUUGGUGAAAUCGAAUGGGAGUGCACUCAAGAUCACGGACUACACCCUACCGACGGCAGAAAGUUUCUCCAGUUCGCAGGUGGAAUCCGCGAGGGUGAGGCUGUGUUUGAGGCGACUUGUCCAACUAGAUUACAGGUCUUUUCAUUCAACAAUGGCACCUGCCAGUGUCUUUAUACGCCGGAGCUCAGAGCUCUCCUGGAGCAGCCAUGUCAAGUUCGUCUUGUCGGCGACAGCGCUCCAGAGGAGUAUGAUAUCCUCAUACCUAAUCUCGACAGAGAAACCAUCGAAGAGUUAUACGUAAGAAGAUCAUGCUACGCUGUCUUACCCUCGAACAUUGUGGACUUCUUCCUUGCCCAAAACGUGAGACCCAUGUUUUUCAACAUGACUGGGUGCCGUUGUGAUUGGACGCCAGAGGCCCUUGCUAUCAGAUCUCGUCCAGUUGGUGUAGGUCAACAGUGUGAGCGAUUAGUGGACCAGAACUUCACUAAUUCGGCAGUAUCCAGUGAUGAAGUUGGAAACUGGAUUGCCGUCUUCCCCAGCUCCAGACAAAACAACGUUACCUUGUCUGAAGAUGGAAGCUUGUUUGAUGGUGAACUGGCUAUGGUUUCUUACAAGCUAAUGGGUACAGACUUUACCGACAUGAUCCUGGUUGCACGUUUCAAAGCAUCCCAAACCUCCAGCGACCAGCUCGUUUUCACCAACAUUUGCCGCGAUAAUCUUGGCGGUAGUGGAUUUGUCGAGCUGAUGUACAAUCCAAAUGCACGUCGCUAUUCUCUGCAGUUCUUUGGGUCUAACGUCGCACAGUGUACCCCACAAAAUGCACCGGGUGGAAAUGUUGACCAAGUGGCUCAAAUCAUUUACAGAAACGGAGUGGUUAGGUUGGAGGUUAAUGGUUUUGACUGUGACGUGAGCUCCCUCAACCCUGUUUCCGAUACAGUGGAUGUAGACCGUCUUAAGUUCAGUAGCGAGUGUCCCUUCCAGAUAGGUGGAGCAGUGUUCACCGAUAUUUCUCAGGCAGACUUCGGGCGAGAGGACAACAGAGUUCCACGCUUUGAUGGAAUUUUCAAACGAUUCAUGGCAGCAAGAGACUGCUCCAACCCUCCACAAAUGGUUCAGGACAGAAUCCUGGGAAAUGCAUAAAUGUCUGUGAUUUUCUUGACACAGGCUUUGCGGAUUUAAGAUAAUCUAUUGCAUCCACAAGCUCUUUACUUUUAAUUGCCUCUUUAAGUAAUGCCAACGGCUGAGAGAAGAAAAAUAACUGCAUGCUGAGUUGUUUCAUAUAGAUUUCUUCUUUACAUUUUUAAGAAAAUAUCCUUUGAUGUGGUCUCGUUGAGGUGUGAGGAAGUAUAACGAGGAAUUAUUCGUGUUUCGUAGUUUAUUAUUGGUGAGAAUCCUGAGCUCAAUGGCGCCUGGCGUAACUAUUUACAUGUCGUUUUCUCAUUCACCUGUGUUCACCUAUGCAA